ACCCGAAAAGAGGUACUAAUUUUCUGUUAUGGCAACAACUAGUCAGCCAUUUUGGAUUUUAGUAGUAAGACGACCGUCCGUCUCAAAAAAACAAUUGUUAUCAAUCUACCUGUUAUUUAUACACAAAUAUAACGCGAGUGCAACGUAUCAAACCGCCCGACAUUCUAGCAACUUCAGCGUCCGGACCGAGUCUCGACCACUGCUCGUCGCGGCGGGCUCGAUCAGCUGUCAGGAACCUUUGACGUGUAGAACACAAACAAAUUUGUUAACGUGCUAUGCUGUUAUCAUGAACGCCAGUUUUUACGAGCAACUGGGCGGCGUUGCGGGGGUUUUUGAGCAGUGGGGCGCCUGCGAGCGGACGGUGGUCGCCUGUACUUUGGCGCGGCGAGUGCCCGUGCCGGGGCUGAGGCUCCUUCAGAGGGCUGUGGACGCAGCUCUAAGAGACCACGGACCUGAUGAGAGACUCGAGAGGGACGCUAACGACGAGACUGUCCUCGUCGGCCUACUUGAAGACGACGACGAUGAGGGCGAAUGCCUCCGUCGUCUGCUGACGCUACUCCCGCUCCUGCGGACAGACAACGCAGCCGCUAAGGACCUCUACGUGUCGGCGGCGCCACGGCUGGUGCAGCGGUGUGUGGACUCACGGCGGCCUCCUGAACUGUGUUUACAGUUGUUAAGAUAUUUGUUGGUGCAUCCCGCGCUCACAGCUAUGGAUCAGAGAACACUAACACAAUGGCUCCGCUAUCUAGAAAAUCACAUGUCGGGCGCCCGACCAGACUCCGUUUGGCAACAGCCCAGCCUCCCCGAACACAACAUAUGGGGCGCAUCCACCUUUCGGCGCACCAUCGGCAAAAACGUUGACUUUAGACACCUCACCGACCCCAUAGAAUUGACCUUCUCUACAGAUUUACUACAAGAAUCCUUCUCAAAGAACGGCAGAGAUGUAGACAUAAGUUUAGAAGGAGAUAGGCUAAACUUUGACGCUUGCAUAUCGCAGCCAAAAUCCCAAAGAUCGAGCAGCUUAACUCCACCUUCAACGAACUUCAUACACAUGUCUUCGUCUGCUGAAAAUUUAGCAGAUGAACCCUUCGUUCAAAAACCUAGAAGUUUUUCUUUAUCGAGUGAACAUAGUUUAGGAAUAAGGCCUAUGAUAAUGUAUGGGACGACGGGGAGUGAGACGAGACUUGACGAUUUGAGGUCUAAUAAGUUUACAGAGUUUCCGGGGAUGUCUACUGUGGCUCAGUGGUUGAAGAGUUUGAGGCUACAUAAAUAUGUGUGGUUGUUUACUAACAUCAGCUAUGAGCAGAUGAUGGCUAUAGAUGAGGAUUAUUUGGAGAAAUUAGGUGUAACAAAAGGCGCUCGCCACAAGCUCCUGCUCUCCAUAAACAAACUCCACGAGCGCCCCGCCAUACUGGACGGAGUGGCCGCCGAGCUCACCGGCGGAGCACCCGCGCCCGGGGCCGCCGCGAGAGCCCUAGAACGACUCAGACAAGUGCUGUUGAGCCCUAUGCCUCCGGAGUCACCUCUACCGGCUCAAAUAGUCAGUGUAUUGGAGACCGCGUCAACAUGUAUCCCAGAAAGCACAGGGCCGAUGCGAGACAUGGACGACGAUGAGCAGCGAGAUCCCAUGUCGUUACAUUGUUGGCUCGUCGAAAAAGCGCUCCACCACUCGUCGUUCCGCGCGGGCGCGCUGCAGGCCGCGCUGCGCCGCCUGCGCCACCGCCUGCCGCCGCGCACCUUCUACCGCCACGUCGGCGACCAGCCGCCCCGCCGUGCGCCCAAACCACGCUGGCGCGCCGGCCCCCACUACCCGCGCGGCCCUCGCCCUUGGCUGCCCGCCCCUCCCCCUCCCCCCACCCCGCCCCCACCCCCUCCCCGCCCCAAGUCCCACUCCUACCCCCCCUUCCCGCCCAACGCCCUGCUGCGCCCCACACCGGGAGACGACUACUCCAGCCUCGACGCCUUGUGUUUGCAGAUGACUGAGCAGGCCAUCAACUGAAAAACUAGAAUAGGAUUUAACAUUGGUAUGAAUCACAAAAAUAUUUCUACUGAAAAGUAGAAACGCUCCCCGCCGCUACCCCGCUUCUGAAGCGACAUCACCGAAAUACUAUGUUUACAGAUGACGACACGGACCAUCAUUUUGACAUUGGUAUGAACUGCAAACAUCUUAGCCUAUUUCUACUGAAAAGUAGGAAGGGUUCGCGGCCUCUGCCCCCGCUCCAUAAUUCGGACUCCUGACAAGUUUCACCCUAUUUCUUAUCUUUUCUUAUUCAUUCUGUAAGUUUUCGAUACAAAAUAUAGACAUGUUAAUCAAAAUGAUGCCAAACGUACCAAUAGUUAAAAUUCUAACAUACCAAUGUUAAAUAUUUAUCCUAAGGUUUUUACUGUAUUAAAACUAUGAAAAUGAAAAUGAAACACUACACUUGCUAAAACGACUUUAUUAUGAAAUUGCCUAAGUUUUAUAGGCAGAUAUUAUUGACAUUAAAUCAUCGGUCGAGACAUGUAUAAAUUAUUUUACUUGCAUUAUUAUUAAUUAUUUUUAUUCAUUGUCUAAUGGACCUAAAUCGAAUUAUUCGCAAUAUGAUAUCUUAGACUAAAAUUAUUUGCUUUGUAGCAAUUUGAAUGUAUAUUUAUUAUCAAUUUUAUGGCACAAUUCAUAUGCAUGGACAUAUAGAUUUCUUAGCGGAAUCCUUUAUUUUUAUUAUUUAUUUUGUUUGACACUUCACGACGACAUGUCGCAAGAACUUAUUAUUAAGUAGGUUAAGGGCGUUACACACAAUCCGAUUUUCGAUCCAAUUUUGCCUAUCAUGAGACAAUCCUCACUAGGAACAAUACAACUAAGUUACGCGUAGUAUUUGACGCAACUUGUAAGGAAAUAUUAAAUCAAAGCAUAUUGUCUUUUUCGUUAAGUCAGAUCGAAAUUGGAUUGUGUAACUGCGAAAUAAAUGUAUUUUUUGUAAAUAAAUGCUAGAGAAAUGAUAGGGUAUGCUUUAAAUUAUAUAUAGGCAAUGACGAAUAGAUGCCUCGGAGAAAAUACAAAUUAUUCCUAAGACAUAGUACCUUAACAUAUAUUUAUUACCAUUAGGCCGCGAGGGAUGUUAUGCUGUAGCUUUUUUAUUAAAAAAUAUUUCGUUGAAUGUAACAGUAAGCAUUCGAUAAGUGAAAUGGCGACCUGUAAAGUUUAAAGAAAUACAUAUGCUACACAAGAUUAUACAUUAGUUAGUCGAAUUUGCUAUUGCAUAACUCCACUCAGUUGACAGCAAAAACUUUAAAAAUGCUCGUUAGUAUAAAGUUACUGAGAACUUCAGUUUUAAAGCAGUACAAACAAGCGCAAUAAAAAGGGUCAAUAUGAUAAUAAAUUUAUAUCAAAAUGAUCCGUAUUUAUUGCCUGUGAGCGUAUUUUUUGCUGUCAAUAUAUCUUUAACUUCACUGUUGAUAUACGUAAUAAUGCUUAGAAAUAUCGCUUCCAAUAGUAUCUUAAUAAAAAUCGACGACAUCGAGCUGUAUUCUAAGGGCCUACCGCGAAAAACGAAAUUUCGUUAUCUGUCUCUAUCGCUCUUACAUAUUCGAGCGAUAGAGAAGCAGGUAAAGAAAUUCCGAUUUUCGUUUUUCGCGGUAGGGCCUCUCAUUUUCUCUGGUGCUAGGCGCAAGUUUGAUUUCAGCUUUGUGGCAAAGUUUGAUAUGAGAACGUUUUGUUCGUUUUUUUUUUUUUUCAAUUGAAUAUGUCAAAUAUGUGGUUUAUUCCAAAUUAAACUAUUCCCAAUAAUAGGAGAUGAUUUUAAAAUGGCAUUAAUUAAUUUUUAAACCAAAAUUUGAAUUGAGCGUUUUCAUAGCAAAUUGUAGUUGUAACUAUUUUAGGCGAAACGGCCUAAAUUGUAUUGUGCGUACGCAUGAAAGGGAUAGCGAAUCCCAUUUGUCCUUUGUAUGAACAGGACAAAAAUGUGUGUAUGUUAGCUCCCCUGGCAACAGUCAAGAGACUUCUGCGCGAUACUCAAAAAAUCGGGAUCCAAUUUAUCGUGUAAUGUAAUAGCGCUUUAAGUUUAUGGUAUAAGCAUCCGUCCCUUUGAUAGCUCGGAAGUACGGAUGUAUAGUUAGCAUUUUUUUCUAAGAUUGGAUAUUUUACGCGCGUUUUAUAACAUUAGUUAAGUUCGAAAUGACAUGCGUGGAUUCCAAUCCCUCUUGCUUGCUUCAGUUAGAUUAUCUAAUCACUUAUAUUACUUUAUCUCUAGCAGAUGCCUUUAGUUAAGUAAAACGCGCGUAGAAAAUAGAUCUUUGGAAAAUAAGGCUAACCGAGGUAGCGUGGAAUGCCGGAAAUGUGAAUGUUUGUGUCGGCAAAUUAAACUUGUAGUAGUUAUAUGUUUAUUUCAUUUUGAGGUAUUCAGGCGUAACAUAUUGACUACGAAUUUGUCGUUUUAUCUCAUGUGAUCAGAAAUGUCUUUUAAAAGAUUGGAACCAGUGGCGUAACUAGGGGGGGUGCAGAUGAGGCAAGUGCCCCGGGCGCCAUCCAAGGGGGGGCGCCAAAAUGGGCAAAAGGCAGCCCAGGGAAACUUUUGUCAGUCGUCAGGGGGCGCAAAUUUGGUGACUGCCCCGGGCGCCAUAUCCUCUAACUGCGCCCCUGAUUGGAACUAUUUAAUUGUCAGUUAAAUCGCUUCGUCUGUAGAGCCCAUUAUCCAACACCCUCCUUGGGGAUAAACCCAUUGAUCACUCUCAAACUAGUCAGUAGUUGGCGCAUGCCUUAUCCACAGCUAUAAAUAAUAAAACUGACCAUAACACGACAAAUGUGCCGUUUUAAAAAAUAACUUAUUGUCGGUUGUGAUAAGGCAUUAUUGCCAUGUGAUGCGAUUGGAAAUCACACUUAUCGACAACCGAUAUUAUGGUGCAUUUUGUCUGAAAACUUUUCAAAAGAAAUGAUAGUUUAAUUUGUCGACUGAUGUCGUGUUGUCGCUUGUGUCGUGUCGAUUGUUGACUUUGUUAAAUGUUAUAUCGCAUAAGCCGUGUACAUCAUUACGCGAUUAUCACACUGAUGACCCGCACGCCGCGGUGUGCGAGCGAGACAGCGCUAUGCGCGUAUAUGGUGGUGUCCCGCUCGCACACCGGAGCGGCGUGCGGGGAACAAUCAUUGUGAAGACCGUUAAUGUACGAGUAGUUAGAUCUAAUCGUUGACUGAAUACAUAAUUUAUGUAAUUUCAAAACAUUUUUUUUACACAUUUUUAUUAAUUUAUCAGCAAUAUUUAUUUUGACUGGAUCAAAAGUUUGAUGGAACGUGUGCAAUUUUGCGUAUUUUUAAGAUUAAUUGUAAAUAUGUUAUUGUUUUGUACAAAUGAAAUACAGUUGACCAGAUUAAGAUUAAGCCGAUUGCAGUCUGUCUUAGGCCACCAAAAUAUAGUUUUAUAAUAGACAAAGAUUCUAUAUAGUAGCGAAUAUAUUCCAAGGCUGUAUAUUGCUUCUUUACUUGAUUUCGGAGUUUAUUGUUUAGCGGACUGUGAUAUGUGGUUUGUUUUAAUCAUGUUUAUCGGCACUAAGUGAAUAUAGCAUAAUGUGACAGUU